CUCAGCGUCAGGUUUCUGUAGCAACAGAAGAGCUCUUUCUGCUCCACUGUCUGCUUCUGAAAUCCGGAACAAAAACAGUUAAUCUUGUGCUCUUCUUUUAUGCUUUUUGACAGGCUAAGUCUGAGAUCUUCGUAUCUGGAAAGAAGUGCCUGCCAAAGAGGAUACAGAAACAGCUUAGGAAACAGGUGAUCUAAAUCCAUCUCCAGUAAAACAAGCAAACAAACAAAAACAGGUGUGAAUGAAGACUCCCACGUGCCAGUUGAAACGAUGACUCCAAAAUCAACAGUUCACAUGGUAGUGUGCUUUCUUCAGCUCUGCAUUGUGAAGGGACAGAUCAUAUGUGAAAGGCAAAUAAUUGCUGAGUGGCGAGUGGAACCAAAACACGUUUUAAUAGAGUGGACACUAAGGAAAAAUAUAUGCACAGACUUUUACUCAGAAUGCUGGAAUGUGAAUAAAAAUGCUACUAGGGAAGACAAAAAUCUCAGUGUCCCUCAGAUAUGUCCUGUACAGCUUCAAUUAGGUGAUACUCUCUUCAUCUCUUCUGAACCAUCAUUUCAGUCCUAUGGAAUGAAUUUGGUAAAUGUCUCCAAGGAAGAAUUUAUUAAUUGCCCUAAAAUUGGCUUUCUUCAAGAGCAACAGAUAUUUGUUUGCCAGAGAAGAGGACUGCACCAAGUUGACUCUACCUGGCUUGGUGUUGGAACUCAUUACUUUGCGGAGCUACAUAAGAGGGGCCCAUAUCUGUGCAACAUGGGCCUUCGUCUGAACGUAACUGUGAAGCAGCAGUUUUGUCAAGAAACUCCAAAUGCACCGUUGUGUUCCAAGCAUGGAAGAUGCUUAAGCCGUGUAUGGGAAAAACAGUAUAGUUGCCAUUGUUUCUCACAGUAUUCUGGAAAAUUCUGCCAGAAGUUUAAUGUGUGCUCCACUAAACCUUGCCAUAACAAUGCCUCUUGUACUGAGAAAUUAGAAGGUAUCAGAAAUUCAUAUGAAUGCACUUGUCCUCCAGAGUUUUCAGGUAAAAAUUGUACAGAAAUAGUUGGACAGUGCCAGCCACAUACGUGUUUCAAUGGUAACUGCAGCAAUGUAACUCCAAACACCUUUCUUUGUGAAUGUGACAAGGGCUUUACAGGUCCUUUUUGUGAGGAACCUGGUGACCCUUGUGCAUCUCAGCCAUGCCUGAACAGGGGUGUAUGCCAAUAUAAUCAGUCUGGAUAUAUUUGUGAUUGUCCAGCAGGUUUUCUUGGUCAGGACUGUGAAGUUGAUAUCAAUGAGUGUUCUUCAAGGCCAUGUCAAAACAGAGGUACAUGUAUCGAUUUGCCAAAUGAUGUAGCAUGUAGCUGUCUGCCGUUAUUCACUGGCAAGUUCUGUGAGAGAAUACUGAAUCCAUGUGAGUUAUUGCCUUGCUUGAACAAUGCAACCUGUGUAUCUGAACAGCAGAACUAUAAAUGCCGCUGCAUGCCAGGAUUCACGGGAAAGAACUGUGAAGAAGUAAUUGACUACUGCAAGCUGCUCAGCAUCAACUGUCUGAAUGAAGGAUUGUGUCUUAAUAUAAUUGGAGGAUUCACUGUAAGUAAUUUAAUACAUGUUAAAACUAAUUCAGUUCUCCAAAGGUGCUUCAGACAGCCAGAACUGCAAAUGCAUUCAUUACUCUAAGAUACAAGAGGGACAUAUAUUUAUGUGUUUGUUAUUUAUUUUCUUUAUUUAAAUCAAUAACACAAGGAUUAUUCACUGGAUUGGUACGGAUGUUUUUUAUUACUUUUCUACUGAGACCAUGUUUUGUAUUUUGUCAAGUAAGAGGUAUAAGGAGUAUUUUUAUAGUUAAAAGAAUAUAUAACUAAUUUUGUUCCAAUGCUAUUAUGCUCUAGGUCAGAUACUGCUGUGAACUUUUGUAAUGUCACUAAGGACCAGACUCAUAUCACUGCUGACUUCAUCACAGUCUCCCAGUUUGUGUGUCUUGUCUUUUCCCUUGAUCUCUGACCUUAAUUGAAAGGAGUGCCUAUUUAUUAUUGCCUGUAAGUCAUUCAGCUGCUUGCACUUCUACAGAUAUGUAAUCUGAUCUGUAGCAGAUCUUCAACAAGACUUUUAUUUAAGAACAUGACAAAGUGAAGUGAAUACAUGUAAAUGAUAACUUGAGAAAUUAAUGAAUAUUUUUUCUUACUGAAACAAAUAAGUAUGUAGUAUCUGCUAAAUUCUGAGUACUGAUUAAUUAAAGUUAUUUAAACAUUUGUGCUUUGGGAAGAAUUUAUGUACUGUCUGUAAAUAUGCUUUAACUAUAAUAAUCAUACUUAAAUGUGUUUUAACAGUAACCUGAGCAAUUUGCACAAUACUGAAUAGCAGAGAGUUUUACUAAUAGUGUAUUAAGGUACACACUUCUAGAAUAACAUAAUUCUUUCUUUGUUGAAUAUUCUGUAUACAAUAUACCCACAGAAGAAUAAACCUGAUGGCCUGGAAGUACCCAAGGAUUUGCCUCUCUGUACUGUGGAUAUUGAAUGCGAAAAGCAGAAACAUUGAAAGCAGUUCCACUGCCCUGAAAUAAGGGGAUUCAAGAAAAGAGUAUACUGAUUUAAAGGUGUUUGUAUCUCACAGUUAACUUAUCUACAUGAUAGAAGUAUGAGAUUCAAGACAAAAAUACUGUCUUUAGCUCUUUUCAACUAUUUGCAUCUUACGUCCACUUUGCCAAGCAGUAGUAAAAAAAAUACAGUAUUGCAAUUAAAAUACAAAAAUAAUAUAAUUAGUCAUUGAGUAGAAUGUGUGCAACAUAUGCAGUAAUCAAAAUUCAUUUUAAUC